UAGUAAAGGGGGGGGGAGGAAAUGGAAUGCUGCUCCUAGAAUGCGUGCUAUACACUUAGCGCGCUGGAACCGCGAAGCAACAGCGUUAACUUCACCUAAGGCUGAGCUGCUGACCACGUGUCUGUUUUGCGUUUAGGUACAUCCAAACUUAGAUCUUUAUUGUUCGUAAUCGGUCGGUAUCAGUACCAGUAUCAUGCGCUCUCUCAGCUACGUUCAGCGAGCAGUCCUGGAAUUCAGCGGCUCCCUUUUUCCUCAUGCCCUGUGCCUGGGGGAUGCUGAUAAUGACUCGCUGAAUGAGCUGGUUCUCGGAGACGCGAGUGGGAAACUGCACGUCUAUAAAAAUGAACAAAGCAAGCCCUGGCUGACCCGCUCUUGCUCUGGCAUGCUGACAUGUGUUGGGGUAGGAGAUGUUUGCAAUAAAGGAAAGAAUUUUGUGAUUGCAGUCAGUGCUGAAGGCUGGUUUCACCUGUUUGACUUGACUGCCAAACCUGAAGGCCCACUGGACCCAUUGCAGGGGGAUGAUCAGAAAGCAACCUAUACCCAGCACCUGCCAGCCAACACAAAGCUUGCUCUCAUCAGUGAUAUUGAUGGGGAUGGUCUAUGUGAGUUGGUUUUGGGGUACACAGACCGGGUAGUGCGGGCCUUUCGCUGGGAAAGUCCACCAGAUGCUGACCUGGCAUGUGGCCAGUUGGUGGCUCUAAAGAAAUGGCUGCUUGAAGGACAGGUGGAUAGUCUCUCUGUUAACCCUGGUACAGAUGGGACCCCUGAACUCAUGGUAUCCCAGCCAGGGUGUGGCUAUGCUGUUCUCCUCUGUACAUGGAAAGAAGAGCCAAGUUUGGGGACUGAGGGGACAGGAGCUGCAGAAACCAGGGAGGUUGCUACACGGGAUGUUAUCCUUCACCAGACAUCUCUCCGUAUCCAUAAUAAAAAUGUUUCCACACACCUAAUUGGCAGCAUAAAGAGAGGGCCUAAUGCUGGGAAAAAGGAAGCCGGCCUGUUUGCACUCUGCACUUUGGAUGGUACCCUAAAGCUCAUGCAGGGUUCAGAUCGACUCCUACAGGGCUCCGAUCAGCUCCUAUGGUCAGUCCAGGUGGAUCAUCAACUGUUUGCACUUGAGAAACUGGAUAUAACGGGUAAUGGGGAGGAAGAAGUCGUUGCCUGUGCGUGGGACGGACAGACUUAUAUCAUUGAUCACAACCGUGCAGUCCUGCGCUUCCAGGUGGAGGAGAAUGUCAGUGCCUUUUGUGCAGGCCUCUAUGCCUGCAGAGGAGGUCAAAACAGUCCCUGCUUGGUGUAUGUUGGAUUCAACCAGAAGAUCUACAUUUAUUGGGCUGUGACACUGGAAAGAAUAGAAUCCUCCAAUCUGCUGCGUGUCAUGGAGGGAAAUGAGGAGUUCUCUUCCCUGUUGAGCCAGCUUCAUGUUGACACUAAUGAUCCUUCUGCUGUUUGUGAGAUCAUUCACCAGACCAUGUACUUUCCUAAUAGGGGGCACAGAGGGCAUGAACAUCCUGCUAAUAAGCCUGACUAGAGACAAGUAUAACCAUUAGGGCAUGUACUGCGACCAUCUAAAGCAUGUGAUCUGCUGUAUAUAUAUAUAUAUAUAUAUAUAUAUAUAUAUAUAUAUUAUUCUUCAGGGGAAUAUCUACAGAAAAUAAUACAGCCACCUCCUCACUGUUGCCUUUGGGAUGAACUCAUUCAGUAAAGGAAAAAAUUCACUGGCACUCAGGUAAUGCUAGCAGGGUGAAACCCUUGCUUUAAAUUUAUUUAGUGUGUAUUCUCAUGACAUAAUUGAAAUGCAGCUCAAACAUUUUUAAAAUAUCUUUCGAAGAAGACUUGGGGAAAGACUGACUUGUGACUUUAAGUCCAGUAUGUGUGUUCCCAUGUGGAUAUAAUGUACAGGUAUGGGGCCUGUUAUCCGGAAUGCUUGGGACCUGGGGUUUUCUGGAUAACUGGUUUCUGUAAUUCAUACCUUAAAUGUACUAGAAAAUCAUGUCAACAUUAAAUAAACCCAAAUAAGAUGCUUUUGCUUCCAAAAAGGACUAAUUAUAUUUUAGUUGGGAUUAAUUACAAGCUGCUGUUUUAUUAUUACAGAGAAAAAAGAAAAUAAUUUGUAAAAAUGUGGAUGAUUUGAUUAUAACAGUCUAUGACUUUAUGGGAUACAACAUUUCUGUAAUUUGGAGCUUUCUGCAUAAUGGUUUCCCAGAUAGCAGAUAUCUCCAUCCUAUGAGGAAUUCUUGACUUUAUAUUGAUCUGCCCCAAAAUGAUCAUUAAUCUUCUUAACACUUUAAAUCUUCAUAAGGCACUGUAGCAGCAAUAUCGAACUCUGAGUGCCCAGCUUGUGGGGCACGAAACGCGUUAGUUCUUCGCACACCCACUCUCUAUCUACCACUGUGUAUGUUUAAAUAAAGCCGCAUAUUGAUAUUAA